AUGGGGCUCAACUUGACACUUGCAAAGUUACCAAAUAAUGAGCUGUCCACCCAAGCAAGUCCAACUCCAAGCAACACGACUGAUGGACCUGGAAAAAACAUCACCCUUCACAAUGAGUUUGACACUAUUGUCUUGCCUGUGCUUUACCUCAUUCUAUUUGUAGCAAGUAUCUUGCUGAAUGGUCUAGCAGUGUGGAUCUUCUUCCAUAUUAGGAAUAAAACCAGCUUCAUAUUUUAUCUCAAAAACAUAGUGGUUGCUGACCUUAUAAUGACACUGACAUUUCCAUUUCGAAUAGUCCAUGAUGCAGGAUUUGGACCUUGGUUCUUCAAGUCGAUCCUAUGCAGAUACACUUCAGUUCUGUUUUAUGCAAAUAUGUACACUUCUAUUGUGUUUCUUGGGCUGAUAAGCAUUGAUCGCUAUCUGAAGGUGGUUAAGCCAUUUGGAGACUCCCGAAUGUACAGCAUAACCUUUACAAAGGUUUUAUCUGUUUGUGUUUGGGUGAUCAUGGCUGUUCUGUCCUUACCAAACAUUAUCCUAACAAAUGGCCAACCAACUAAGGAAACUAUCUAUGACUGCAUGAAACUUAAAAGUCCAUUGGGAGUCAAAUGGCAUAAGGCAGUCAACUAUGUGAACAGCUGCUUGUUUGUGGUUGUGCUGGUGAUUCUGAUUGGAUGUUACAUAGCCAUAUCCAGGUACAUCCACAAGUCUAGCAGGCAAUUCAUAAGUCAGUCGAGCCGAAAGCGAAAACAUAACCAGAGCAUUAGAGUGGUUGUAGCGGUAUUUUUUACCUGCUUUUUACCGUAUCACUUGUGCAGAAUUCCUUUCACUUUUAGUUACUUGGACAGGCUACUAGAUGAAUCUGCACACAAAAUCCUCUAUUAUUGCAAAGAGAUGACACUUUUUUUGUCUGCAUGCAAUGUGUGUCUGGAUCCAAUAAUUUACUUUUUCAUGUGUAGGUCUUUUUCAAGGCAGUUAUUCAAGAAAUCAAAUAUCAGGACCAGGAGUGAAAGCAUCAGAUCACUUCAAAGUGUCAGAAGAUCAGAAGUCCGUAUAUAUUAUGAUUAUACUGAUGUGUAG